AUGGCGGAUGUUGAACCAGAGGUUGCUGCGGCUGCUGGAGUCCCGAAGAAGAGGACGUUUAAGAAGUUUGCCUUCAGAGGAGUAGAUCUCGAUGCUCUUCUCGACAUGUCUACUGAUGAUCUUGUUAAGCUCUUCCCUGCUCGUAUUCGCAGAAGGUUCGGCAGAGGUUUGACUAGGAAGCCAAUGGCUCUGAUUAAGAAGCUUCGCAAAGCGAAAAGGGAGGCACCACAAGGUGAGAAGCCUGAACCAGUGAGAACCCACCUGAGGAACAUGAUCAUUGUCCCUGAGAUGAUUGGAAGCAUCAUUGGAGUGUACAACGGUAAGACUUUUAACCAAGUCGAGAUCAAGCCUGAGAUGAUUGGUCACUACCUGGCUGAGUUCUCUAUCUCAUACAAGCCGGUUAAGCACGGUAGGCCAGGAGUUGGUGCUACCCACUCUUCCAGAUUCAUUCCUCUUAAGUGA